UUAUCGACAGGUGAAGCAGGCCAGAAAAUGGAUGAAUUUCCGCUAGCAAGGGAGUUUCUGGCACGGAAUUUGCGAAAUAACGAACUACUGGGGCAGCUGGAGGAGGAGCUCAGUCUGCAGGAGGAACUAAUCGACGAGUUUGAGACGCUUCGCCCGGAAUUGGAGCAGCUGAUGAUAGACGCCACCCUUGCCACACAGGGAGCACUAAUUGCGACGGAAUUUGAGGACGACAUGGGCGAGGCGAACGAAAUGAUGCAGGGCUGCCUGGCGCAGAUAAUGGAGAUGGAGAACCUGCUCGUGGAAGUGGGGCUCCAGGACUCGCUCUACUACACGGUUGAGCGGCAACAGCAGCGAGCGGAGAGCAAAUCGAAGGUUCAGGAGGCUCGUGCUGACCACGAGAAUAAACAGAAUGGGCUCCUCGAGUCACGCGAUGUCGUUAAGGAAAUGCGCCUGGAGCAGGCUGACGAAGCAAAGGCCGAGAAGUCAAAGGCAAGCGUGGAUAAAGGACUGGAACACUUGGAUCUCGAGUGGACAAUUACGAUUAGGGAUCUAAAGGAUAAUCGUAACAAGAAGACACUCAACAUUAUGAAGAUGGGCGAGAGUAUCAACGCUUUGCAGGCGCAGUUUGAAAAAAUGAAUUUGAUUAAAAAUGGUGGUGCCGAAGAAGAGGAGGAUAGUGUGGAAAAUGACAUGGACGACAUGAAAGCCGGCGAUGAUCCACAGGCUUCGCUAAAAGCAUCUGCCACGGACUUUCUCAACGACUUUCUGUUCAAGAAGUCCACCGAGGAUGACAGCGAUGAGGUCGAGGAAAGCGAGAUGGAGGCCAGCGAGGAGGAGCAGGCACCGAUACGAUCCAUUUUGGUCAAGAAGCCGGCAGUCGAGGAAACCGAUGAAAGUGAGGAAGGUAACGAGGAGAAGGAGGAGUCACCACUACGAGCCUUUGACUUCCUGGAUAAAUUUCAAUUGAAAAGGGCGAGCGACGAAAGCGAGCAGGAGGAUCCCGAUCUCUUGUUUUGCUCGCCAGCGAAGAGAGUGCGAUUUGCUUCGUCGCCGGAUCUCAACCAGAUUUUGGAGGUGGAGGAGCCGGAUUGGCCAACCGAUUCGGAGGAGGCAGAAGAACGUAACCAAGAAGUAGAUCCUCCAUUAGACGAUGAAGAAGUAGAGGUAUCCGAAGAGGAAUUGGAGGAAUCUUCAGAUGGGGAAUUCGAGAUUGAAUCAGACGAUGAAAUCGAAAUCAGUGAGGAAGUAAAGAAGGUAGAGAUGCCGGAAGAGAAAUCCGAUUCAGACGAAAAGAAAUCGGAUUCAGAUGACAAGGAAUCCGGAUCAGAGAUAGAGGAAUUCGGAUCGGAGCACAAGGAAUCCGGUGGGGAGGCUUCCGGCGAGGAGGAGCCCGAUGAGGGGGCCGGAAAAGCCAAGUUCUUGGACUUGGCCCCCGAAAAACCGGAAAUACUCAAUGUGGAUAUUAUUCCACCACGUAGAGUCCUGUAUCCCGAGGACAACGACGAUGUGCCCAGCACCUCCAGUGGCAUUCGCAACCGCUUUACCAAUAGUCAGUUUUCAAAACAUGCCAUGGAUCAUACCAUCGAUUCCCAGGCCAAGCGAAUCAAACUGGACGAAGAGCAGGAGGUGGAGGAGUUUCCAAUGGCCCAACCCAUGCCCUCGACCUUCGAGAGCAACGAUGAUCACAUUCUACAAUUCGCAUCGCCCGAAAGCAAUGCGCUCGAUGACUACCUGCUGAACUUCAGCGAUGAUAACGAUGUUGGACUCGAUGGUCCAUCGUACAUACUAUAAUUUUCGAAAGUAUAUCAACAGGAAAUUACUGUGUUCUUCAAGAAGAACAACAGAAUAAUUUCACAAAGCUGUAGUACCUAAAAUAUUGAAACAUCACCGAAGAUGUUAAGAUGCCUUAAAUGUUUUCAAAAGACAUACUUUCUAAAUUAAGAGAGUACAUUAAUUCGAAUUUAAUGCGCUCUCUUUAAUGCUAUAUGCACUAUUUCUUUUAAAACAUUUCGAACUUGGUAUACUCUUGCUACAUUUCAAAUUAUCGAACAAAAUUUAAAUACUUUGAAAAAAACAACACUUUAAACG